ACACCCUACAACAUCCACCUUUUACUCUUCUUCUCGACUCCUCCCGACAACGCCAUAGCACCAAUGCCUUCCAAUCUCCUCACCAAACUCCCCCAAAUCCUCUUGCUCUCCGCCCUUUUCACUACCAUCUACACCCCCUAUGGGGCCAGCCAGAAGACCCCCUUCUACGUGUGCGACACCGACUCCAACUACACCACCAACAGCACCUACCACUCCAACCUCAACCUCCUCCUCCCCUCCCUCUCCUCCGCCACCCGUUCCACCGGCUUCGCCACCCGGUCCAAGGGCCAGCCCCCCGACCAGGUCUUCGGCCUCGCCCUCUGCCGCGUUGACGUCUCCCAGUACGAGUGCCAAUCUUGCCUCUCCACCGCCGACCACGACAUCACCAAGCUCUGCCCCUCGGGGAAGUCCGCGGCCAUUUGGCCCGCGAGCUGCUUUUUCCGCUACUCCAACCGCAGCUUCUCCUCCUCCUCAUCCGAUGACGACUCAUUCAGACACAUCGUCAGCAAUCCCAGGAACAUGCCAGAACCGACGAGGUUCGAGAAGUUGGUGAGCGAGCUAUUGAACAACUUGACGGAGCGGGCGGCGUAUCAGUCGGCACGGAUGUUCGCAACUGGGGAGGCCGAAUUCAUGACCACGACGACGCUGUAUGGGCUAGUGCAGUGCACAAGAGAUCAGUCUGGGGACGAAUGUCAUCGGUGCCUGAAGGUGUCCGCCGGAGAUAGACCAACAGCUAUUUUGGGGAAGCAAGGAGCGUUGGUCUUUGCAUACAAUUGCUUCACGAGGUAUGAGAUCUACCCUUUCUACAAUGAGUCUGUUGGGGCGGCGCCGCCACCUCCUCCAUCGGAAGCUAGCACUCCACCAGCAAAGGAAGGGGGAAAAAGGAACCAUGCGGUGAUGAUUGUUCUUCCUGUUGUCUCUAUGGUUGGUACGCUGAUAAUCUUCGCUGCCAUUUUCAUUUGUUUAAAGAGGAGAAAAUCUAUAACAUUAUUUAUAAGACAACCACAUGUUGGAGAUGAGGAGAACCAGAAUGAUGGAUGUCUAUUAUUUGACUUGAGUACACUUAGAACGGCCACCAAUAACUUUUCUGAUGCAAAUAAGCUUGGAGAAGGUGGUUUUGGACCAGUUUAUAAGGGAGUGCUAUCAAAUGGCCAGGAAAUAGCUGUGAAAAGACUUUCAGCAGGUUCCAGGCAAGGUCUCUUGGAGUUUAAAAAUGAGGUUCUUUUGCUUGCUAGGCUUCAGCAUAAAAAUCUUGUGACACUACUGGGUUGCUGCUUAGAACAGGAAGAAACGCUACUAGUCUAUGAAUUUCAACAUAAUACAAGCCUUGACAAAUUUUUAUUUGAUCCAAUGAAAAAUAGACUGCUAGACUGGGGAAGGAGGUACAAGAUUAUUAAAGGAAUUGCAAGAGGGCUUCUUUAUCUUCAUGAAGAUUCUAAACUCAAGAUUAUUCAUCGGGAUCUGAAAACUCAUAAUAUUUUGCUAGAUCAGUGCAUGAAUCCUAAGAUCUCAGAUUUUGGCCUAGCAAAGGUCUUUGAUGAAAACAAAACACGAGCAACUGCUAGUAAAAUUGCUGGGACAUAUGGGUAUAUGGCACCGGAGUAUGCAAUGCAUGGGCACUUCUCAACAAAAUCAGAUGUAUUUAGCUUUGGAGUUCUUGUUCUAGAAAUUGUGACUGGUCAACGAAUCAAUGACUUCCAAGGAUCAGGGCAUGCUGAGAAUCUCCUAAGCUAUGCAUGGAAGCAUUGGAACAAGGGGAAGGCAUUGCAUUUGAUGGAUCAAAGCCUAGGUGACCAGUAUGAUAGGCAAGAAGCCUCCAGAUGCAUUCAUAUGGGUUUACUCGGCGUCCAGGAAGACCAAACGAAGAGACCAAGCAUGGAAUUGGUUGUUCUCAUGCUGAGUGGUCACUCUAUCGCUGUUUCAGCUCCUUCUGUGCCUGCAUAUUUCGUUCAAGGUAAUUCAAACACCGGGCCAGAUGUGGGUCCAAGAAACAGAAAUUCCAUUUCCUUCGUUUCUAGAAAUGAUGUAACGAUUAGUGAAAUGGGACCUCGAUAGCAUGCACACGGAAGAAUUUUGGUCGUUUGAUGAAAACGAUGUCGUGUUUUAACCGGUCUUGUUACCACUCAGACCGCCAGAACCUUGUAACUUGGAAGGGUGUAUAUGCUGUCACAAAAUUGGAAGAACGGAACCCAUUAUAACUCGGGGGUGUGAAGCUAUAUUUAUUGUUAAAAAAGUUUAGUAGAGUAAGUUCGCAGAACUCGCAAAAGAAACCCUUGUUAAAAAGGAAAAAAUUGGCAUAUGACGUGCAUAAAGGGGCGAGCACAUGUAUUCUUCAGUGAAAGU